AAGAAAGAGGAUUCGGUUCUACAGCAAUGGCUGCAUUUGUUUGCAUCAUUAGGUGAUCGUGCAAAGAGCUGGGAUAACGUGGCUGUGUUAGUUGACGAAACUAUUAAACCACAAGCUCCGUGUAGCCCAUUCCUACAGACCCCAACACGCCAGAACAUUAAACCAAAGGCCACUCUAAUAAGGAAUAAGAACACAGCAAACAGACAAUCAGCCCCUGAACAAAGGAUCCCAAGGGCGAGGGCUACUCGCUCUCCCAUGUGGCUGAAAUCAAUCCUGUUGAAAGACCAUGUGCUUCUAUGCCCCUCUCUGUGAAAGCUGCUACGCCUAACGUUCGCCAUCGUAAGCCUAAGAAGCAAUUUAUUGAGCCUGUGAAGCCAUACACGACCGGUCUCCCGCCCAAAAGUAGCAGCCCUUCCUUUGUUCCGGUCUCGUCUUACCCGACCACUGUAUCUUAUGAUAGUAACACAGCAGCUGAGCAACUAAAGGCGACGGAAGACUUAGUUACAUUGUAUUUGACGCCUGAGGACGAUUUCACACAGUCACCCCCAUGGAGCAGAUACGUAUGUCCACACAAGCCUAAGAAGAGAUCUAGGAAGAGAUCUAUUGAGCCUGUGAAGCCAUACACGACCGGUCUCCCGCCCAAAAGAAGAAGCCCUUCCUUUGUUCCAGACACGCCUUACCCAGACACUGUAUCGGGUGUUCCUAACACCACUGCAGAGCAGCUAACGGCACGCAAAGACUUGGAGUCCUUGCAUCGGUCGUCGUCUAGUACACCAACGCCCUACCAGCCACCAAGUGUCUCCAUUGAGAGGGAACAAAAGACAUCUGAUGAGACAAUCCAUGCCAUAGAAGUAGGCGAAGUAUCCAAGACACCGGACUAA